GAGGGAGCCCGAUAAUGGCGGUCGGGAGGCGGCAGCGCGGUGGCGGCGGUGGCCCUGAGUACCUAAAACAGUGGAAAUACUUGAAAGCUUCCUAGUAAUAACAGGCUGUUUUGAUGUGGUCCUUAUUGCCUGGUUCACUCCAUAAAGAGCAUCAAAUUUAUCACGGGCAAUAUUACAGACUGUUUCAGUUCUGAUACACUAGCUGCAAUUUUUAUUUAUUCAUUGGGUUUUGUGUUUCAUUCUGUUUGACCAGUGAUCAUUGGCUAGUCAAGCUUUGGUUUUUGUUUUUUUUUCUUGUCAGUAGUCAGUGUCCCAUUUUGGUUGGUUGUGUGAAGGUGGUGCUGGUCUGUUUUGCUCUGUAAUCUUGCAGGGAAGCUUGCAGGGAGGGUCAUGAAUCUGGAGCAGGGUUUGGUGGUUUGGGUUUUGUGUGUGUGUGCAUGUGUCUUGUUUUACACAUAGAGCAAUCUCUUAAUUUUUGUCCUCUUGAGCAAAAGUGAAAGGCAGAUGCUGGGUACAAGCUUCUGCAAUUGGUUACUCUGAUUUAACUUCUUGUAACCAUGGACUUCUCAUUCAGAGGAGGGUGGGAGAAGAACCACAGUGACCUUAAAAAAAAAAAAGGGUGCUAUCUCUUGCACCUCUUGUCUUGCAUCCUCUUGUCUUAAUUGUCAGUAGAACAACUGAAUGAUUAAAUUAUACCAGAAGCAUUUGCUUACACAGCCACCUUCAUAAAAGGCAGUGUUAAUUAAAGCUGUUACUGCCUGACCCCAGGCUCCAACUGGAACCAAUUCCCUGCUCUCCCAAGUGUGGAUGGAGAGCAUGACCCCACACUGUUAUCCCUGCAGAUCUUCCCAGAAGAGCCUGAGAGAAAGGAGCAGGAGCUCCCUGGUCCUGCCAGGGCAGGGUGGAAGCCUAGGUUUGACCUGGGCUGUAUUGGAAAUCUUCACGUUCCCACCCAAACUCUCUUCAUUUCCCUUUUAACCCACUCCGUGGCAACAGGUUUGCAGAGCAGCAGCUGCAAUGUCCUUGCCCUCAAGUGCACCUUUGCCUUCAGAGGAAGGCUGGGUAAUUAACCCCCCGUUAAUUACAGGGGUUUGGUAGCCCUGCUACGGCCCCACGGGAGGGGGAUGGAAAACACCGCCCGGUUCUUCUUCCGAAGCUUUAGCUCUGUGGGUUUUUCCCCCCUUCCCCAGAACCCUUGAACUUGAAGAUGGUGAGUAGCCAGCCUAAGUACGAGCUAAUACGAGAGGUUGGCCGUGGGAGUUAUGGUGUGGUGUACGAAGCAGUCGUCAGGAAGACCUCUGCCCGGGUGGCCGUGAAAAAGAUCCGGUGCCAGGCGCCGGAGAACGUGGAGCUGGCUCUGCGGGAGUUCUGGGCACUGAGCAGCAUCAAGAGCCAGCAUCCCAAUGUCAUUCACCUGGAGGAGUGCAUCCUGCAGAAAGAUGGGAUGGUGCAGAAGAUGGCCCAUGGCUCCAGUUCCUCCCUUUAUUUACAGCUUGUAGAGACCUCCCUAAAAGGAGAAAUAGUCUUUGAUCCCAGAAGUGCUUAUUACCUCUGGUUUGUGAUGGAUUUCUGUGAUGGAGGAGACAUGAACCAGUACCUCUUGUCCCGAAAGCCCAACCGCAAAACCAACACCAGCUUCAUGCUCCAGCUCAGCAGUGCUCUGGCCUUCCUCCACAAAAACCAAAUCAUCCAUCGUGAUCUCAAACCUGACAAUAUCCUGAUCUCUCAGAGCAGGGUGGAUGCAAGUGACUCAGAACCUACCCUGAAAGUGGCUGAUUUUGGGCUGAGCAAGGUGUGUUCAGCCUCAGGACAGAACCCCGAGGAACCGGUCAACGUAAAUAAGUGUUUUCUGUCAACUGCCUGUGGGACUGAUUUCUAUAUGGCCCCUGAAGUCUGGGAAGGACACUACACUGCCAAAGCAGACAUUUUUGCCUUGGGAAUCAUCAUCUGGGCCAUGUUGGAAAGGAUCACCUUCAUAGAUACAGAAACAAAGAAAGAACUUCUGGGGAGUUACGUCAAGCAGGGGACAAGCAUCGUGCCGGUGGGAGAGGCACUUCUGGAAAACCCUAAAAUGGAACUGCUCAUCCCUGUCAAAAAAAAAUCCAUGAAUGCUCGGAUGAAGCAGCUGAUCAAGGAAAUGCUGGCAGCCAACCCCCAGGACAGACCUGAUGCCUUUGAGCUGGAACUACGCUUGGUCAACAUUGCUUUUAAAGACAGCAGCUGGGAGACGUGACUGGGUCAGAGCUGCUUCUGGCCCAAAUUAUGGUGCAACUUUAGUGGCAGUAAAAGAAAAGAGCCAGAACUCUGACCUGCAGGGUGUGGUUUCUACCAAACAAAAUUGUUUUUUUUAUUUGUUUGAGUUUCAGCAGGAUGAGUUGGUGUGUAUAAUUCCUGGGGUGUCCCAUGCAAGUGUAAGAUGUGCUGAUGUUGGUUGGUGUUCCUGGCAGUGGAAUGUCAGAGCUGAGACUUGAUUCCCAACACUAUGUCCUGGAGUAUUUCAUACAUUCCAGUUUCCUAUGUCAGCAUAAGAAAUCUCAUGGAGGAAAAAAAAUCAAAACAAAAAACCACAACUAAACACAAAACCAACAAGAUUUGCAUGCUGGUAGUGCAAAUCUUCAGGCUUUGUAAAGUAAUUCUGUGUAUAUAUUUAUGUAGGUGAGUGACUGGGAGUGAAUGCCACUUAAAUUAUUUGCUAUGGAUCUGAAUGAUUGGGGUCUGCUAGAAAAUGAGGUGAAGGAGGUAGAUACAUUCCUUCUUCUACAGGCCUGAAUAACUUUAUUAUUUAUUUUUGUUAUUGAAUGUCAAAGAUAGGGUCUGAGACUUGACUUUGUAGACAAAAAAACCAAACAAUGCAAGGCGCUCAGCAGUUUUUAAACAUGCUGACAUGGCCAAGUUUAGCACUUACAGCUUAAUGAGCUCAUCACCAAGGGAGUCAAAUUACAAAUGUAUGCAGUUGGGUGCUGGCAUGUUGGCUGGUUCAUUAAUCAUUCUAUUUUGCUUUCUUCUAGUAAUCAAAUUCUUUAUUAAUCAGUUAACCUGCAGUUUCACAACACACUCUCUGCUCUUGUAUCUGUAGUUCAGUAACACCUUGAGGAUGGGGCACAGCAGAGUGCUGAGGGCUUAGUUCAUAGCAAUGAGGAAGAGCAGGGAGUUAUUUUGAAGAUCCUGCAAAGCAUGGUGAGCAGCAGAGCUUUCCUGUUAACUGAAUCUAACUGGUAAUACUGGUCAUGGCCUCUUCCUUUCUGGCACCACUUCUGCCCUUCUAAUGAUGAGGAGAUGACAGGGUGACUGGUAGAAAAAAACCUCUUCACAAACAGGAGAGAAAACCUGAAAGGUAUUUGUGUGGUAAGCUAGGCUGAUAUUAUAUAUUUUUUCCCCCUCCUUUUAAAGAAAUAAUACUUCUUUUAAAGCACGGGUGGCAAGAUGGAAAGCUUUGCAGUGGCUGAAAGGCUGCUUAUCCCCAGCUCUCAUUCCCCAGCAGAUGGAUUCACCAGGAGGGGUUUUGCUGAGGCCACCUGAGGCAGCUCAGCAGACAGAGGCUGCUCUGUAACAGGACCACUUUGUUCUUUUGGGUGCAGCACUGGGACCUUUCUCAGCACUCUGACCUUUCAGAAAAAGUAGAGUCUUAAGACAUUGCCUUUGAAAGCUGCAACAAAGGCUGGGUGUCUUAAUGAAGUAAUUUAAUAUUUUUUUUUCCCUUGACCUGAAGCUGCUGUGUGACUUGCUACUCAGACUCUACUGCCUCUUGGUGCUGUGGGAUCAGUGCUGGUCAGUCAGUGCUUGUUCUGUCUGGGACUAAACAGCGCUUUUUUGUUGUUGUUGUUCUUCCAAAGCAAAGGAUUCUGAUUCUACCCAACUUCUGAAGCUUUCCAGACUGCAGCUCUCCUCACCUGGUGCUGUGUAGAGCUGGUAGCAAUUACCCAGGGGAGCCUUAGCCUUUAAUUCUUUUUAAUUUGCUUCACUUUAUUGUUGAAGGCAAGUUGUCUGAGCAGGGGUUCUCAGGCAAACUUUGUCUCUGAACCUGGUGCUGUAGUGGAAACUUUUGGGAGCCAGCAUGAGGAGAGCAGAGCUCCUGACUGCAGUGUAGGUGGCAGGGACAGAGGUGACUGUGUCCUACCUGUGUAGGUGUCCCAGUGUUGCUCCUCCCCUGCAGGGAGCUCAGUCUCUAGGAGAUUUGGAGCCUGCCUGUGAGUAGCCAGGAGCAGAGAUCUGUUUGUUCUGAUGUUCUAAAAGUGGAAAUUGUUUCUUCUCAUCUUUUAACCCCAUUCAGUACAAUUGGAGCCUCAGCUUGCUACUGAAAGGAAGAAAACAAACCUCUUUCUCCCUGUGCCAGCACUGUUUCAAGGUAUUUACAUUUCAGCAUGGUUGUUGGACUACUGAUGUUUCAAGGCAGUUUAUAAUUUUUCCAUGUUUAACUUGAGAGCUGUUUAAAAACACCUUGCUAACCUCCUCCUCUCUUACCCACCCACAACUCAGAGCUAACAAACUGACCUUAAAACGCAAAUCUUUACUUUUUAGGUGCUUUGCAGCUCACCUGCUUCUUCUCUGAAGCAUUUCACAGUAUGAACACUGAAAGUUUGUUGCUUUGCUGUUGGGUUUUUUUGACUCCCAAAGUGUUUCUUUGCACUGAUUGCCACUUUAAAGGGUGGGGGAACCCAAAAUCCCUCUCAUGGUGCUUAGCCUUGCAGCUGGGUGACACUGUUUCCUUGGUUAGGCCUUCAGGGCUGUGUUCCAUUUUAUUUUUGUUGUUGUUGUUGUCUGGGGUCUUUGUCUUAAAACCUUUGAUAAAUCAAAUUGUUGUAGCAGCUACAGAGUUCUUCACCAGCGUGACACAAAGUCAAGAUACUUUUCAGCACUCAGAAAAGAUUUUGGUUUUGGUUUUCCAAAUCUUUCUUU